UACUCUUUCUACGUGAAGACUAAAAAGGUUUAAGGAUUAGCUGUAGAAGCCCGUAUGUCACUAAUCCCGAUAGCUUGUGUUGUUGUUAUUAACCAGUUUAAUCGUUCAUUUUAGUCGUUGGACGAAUUAAUUAAGCAAGCAGACUACCUUGCAUAUUAUUUUUGUUUCUCGUUUGGAAGAAAAUACUCAAGUGUUCUAUUAAGGUUUUUUACCUUUCCGAUGUCUUAAGGUACACUUUUGAUAACAACUAUGUCUGAUGGUUAUUACCAGAGUGCUGCCCCGAGAACCGCACGAAAAAAAGAUUACUUCUGUCCUGUGUGGUCUUAUCAUAUUGGUGUGCAGGGAGAAAUUUUUUUCGUGGAAGCAGCUAAAAAACAUGGACACUACAGUGAAAAUAUACAACCAGCCUCCAACUCUUCUAUUAAUGUCAGUAAAUCUAAACUUUCUCACAGCCAAGAUAACAACUCUGACAGUCAAAGCCAAAACCUGUCCAGUUACUCAGAAAGUAUUAACACUUCAAAAUUUGAAACUGACAAAAGUAAAAACCAAAGUGAAGUCUUCUUGUUGCCGGUACCUUGUGAGAAGAACUCUAGCGAACUCACUGAUGUUGAAUAUUUUGAGAAGCUCUUCGGAAUUGUACUCUGCAGCUAUAAUGUCAAGUCAACUCUUGUGGAGAAUACUGAUGGCGAUGAAAAGUAUAGGGACAAGAAAAGGUUGAUAGUACAGAAAGUAAUAAUUGGAAGCCAAGCACAGAGGUCACAUAAGAUACAUAAAGGUGAUAUGUUGCUAGCAAUUGAUGACAGAGAAGUCUCUUGGAGUAAAUUAGGAACAACCUUGAAGAGUCUCAAGAAACAAGUUCCAAUUAAACUCACUUUUCAAAAUCCUGUUGUUGUUGGAUCUACAAAUCACAACUCUGUUGGUGGAAUGCGGUUACCAUUUUGUGAAAAUGUCAUGCUGGCUGCUAGUGGCGAAGAUUUCUCAUCAUUGGUAGAGCUGCUUGACAUGUACAAAUGCAAACUCUUAUGUCUUUCGCUGGACAUUGUUCAAAGUGAUUUAGAUUUUGGUCAGGAGAUCAUAUAUGAGUUUCCAUUCCAUAAUGAUAAAGUCAGUCAUGUGAGAGGAAUGUUCAUCACCCUGAAUAAAGUACUAGAAGAAAUUGUUCAAAGCCAAACACAGUGUUCAAACUUGGUGUACCAUCAUCAGUUGAUCAACGUAUCAUAUUACAAAGACGACAACAGUACCCUUUUGUUAGUGCUGCCAACAGAUUUAUUUCCAGAAUAUGUUACAAGUUUUGUAUUGAAGAAUUUGGUCCACGUAUUAGCUUUGCUUUUUGGAAAUCCAAUCAGACCUUUCAAAGACCCUCAACUUCAUCUACAGUUAAACCAGAUUCUAGCACUUCUCUUCUACGGUUUGGCACCGAUUCUUCAUGGAAAAUCAACUAUUACUAUGACUUCAAUUACAAAUGGUUGCUUUGAAGCCCGUUGGUUGUUCUUAGAAGAAGAAAUAAAGUUGAUGUUUGAUGAAAUACUUAGCAGCUUUGAAUCUGGAGAUUUUGUUUCUCAACAAGAUCUAAUCUCUUCCAGACGACAGUUUUGUAUAACUGGAUCUUGUUUAAUAUUCAAGGGUCAUGUAAUAUGCAGUCACUUGGAAACAUCGGAUUUGCUUGACGCUUGGCUCCUAUGUCAAAGCCUUGGAUUGGUGUCUUUCAGUCAGGAACAUAAUUUCAGCGAGUUAAUUGUUUGGCAUGAAGUGUUCUUAUCGCGUCUUCAAAACGCUAAUGAAAUGCUGUUGCCUGCAGGAUACAAUCGGAAACCAGAGAAAUGUUUCAUUUUCAUUGUUGGGCAGAAACAAUCUCUAAUAUGCUGCAUAUUUGAAAGUAAAAAUAGUCAAGAAAAAGCUGUCCCCUUAUUGCCCGAUCUGCCUCUGGUAAACCAAGCUAAAACAGCCCUUCAGCAGAUGGAAAAUGUAAAUUUAUUUAAAUCCUGUGAUUCCAGAUUGCGUUCUACCAAAGACUCUCUUCUUGGAGAUCCCGAUGUAUUUCUUGUGUAUUUGGAAAGUUCUAAGGUAGCAAAGAUGGAAAAUACUGGACAUUUUGUACAACACAGUUCUCAUACUAGUUUGGGUGGUUCUGAUGACCAUGUUCGCAAUGAAGGAAAAUAUCCAGAAAUGCACCCAUUGCCUACUCCUCUAGGAAGUCAGAUGUCAGUCAAUUCCAACGAUUCUAUAGCAAGUGGAACUAACGAUAAGGGAAGAUUUAUCUCUUUUAAUGGAAUAUUUGAUAUGUCUUUCUUGAACCAGUCUUUGGGAAGUGGUUCAAAGGCUCACGUAACUCAAGGAAUUGAUAUUAGGAAAGUUAAAGAAGUAAAUAAUGUCCUGUUCCACUAUAUGUGUAUUGACAAACUGCAAGGUAUAUAUGUGGAUUCAGACAGACGAUAUAAUCGAAGUACGCUCAGCAAACAGGUUCUGGACAACUUCAAUCGCUGCUCUCUGCAAAUACAUGCUAUUUUUGAGAAGUCGAAAAAGAAAGCGUUUAAAAUACGGAUAGUCCGAAAUUUUGGCUUAAAUUCCAACAAUAGACCAUUAAAUUUGUUUAUGGGGAGAAAGAUGUCGAAAAACAUUAAUACAUCAGACAAGGGAUUAAACAAGAUUGCGGCUAGUACAAAGUUGUGGAUCUAG